GCCAGGGGCGCGCGUUGGAAUUUUUCUCCCUCCACCCUCCCCCCGCCCGCUCCUGGGCAUUGCCACACAGGCUUGCUUCUUCUGUUGACUCUCCUCUGUCUCCUGACAUUGCCAGCCACCUUUCACCAUGUCCCACCCCCUUCCUGUUAUCAUCGACAACGGUACCGGCUACACCAAGAUGGGUUUCGCCGGUAACCAUGAGCCCCAGUACAUCAUCCCCUCGGUCAUUGCCACCCGGGACUCCUCCAAGGUCAACAAGGCCCGCAAGGGUGUUGAGGACCUGGACUUCUUCAUUGGUGAUGAGGCCAUCGCCAACCAGAACUCCUAUUCCCUGUCUUACCCCGUCCGCAAGGGUCAGGUCGACAACUGGGACCACAUGGAGCGCUUCUGGGAGCAGGCCAUCUUCAAGUACCUGCGCUGUGAGCCCGAGGACCACCACUUCCUCCUGACCGAGCCCCCUCUCAACGCCCCGGAGAACCGUGAGUACACUGCCGAGAUCAUGUUCGAGUCCUUCAACGUCCCGGGUCUGUACAUUGCCGUCCAGGCCGUCCUUGCCCUUGCCGCCUCCUGGGCCUCCAAGGACGACGACCAGCGCUCGCUCACCGGUUGCGUGAUUGACUCUGGCGAUGGUGUCACCCACGUCAUCCCCGUUGCCGAGGGCUACGUCAUCGGCUCUUCCAUCAAGCACAUCCCCAUCGCCGGUCGCUCGAUUACCCAGUUCGUGCAGCAGCUCCUGCGUGAGCGCGAGACUGGCAUCCCCCCGAACGAGUCGAUGGAGAUUGCCAAGCGCAUCAAGGAGAAGUACUCCUACGUCUGCCCCGACAUUGUCAAGGAGUUCCUGAAGUACGAUCAGGACCCCGCUCGUUUCUUCACCACCGAGACCUUCACCGAGGCCAUCACCAAGAAGACCUACUCCGUGGACAUCGGCUACGAGCGUUUCCUCGGCCCCGAGGUCUUCUUCAGCCCGGAGAUCGCCUCCUCCGACUACCUUGUCCCCCUGCCCGAGGUGGUUGAUUCCGUCAUCCAGAACUCCCCCAUCGAUACCCGCCGUGGUCUCUACCGCAACAUCGUCCUGUCCGGUGGUUCCACCAUGUUCAAGGACUUCAGCCGUCGUCUGCAGCGUGAUAUCCGUCGUACCGUUGACACCCGUGUCCGCCUGUCCGAGGAGAUGAGCCAGGGCCGCGUCAAGGUCCAGCCCAUCGACGUCAAUGUCAUUUCUCACCGCAUGCAGCGCUACGCCGUCUGGUUCGGUGGCUCCAUGCUUGCCUCCUCCGAGGAGUUCUUCACCGUCUGCCACUCCAAGGCCGCCUACGAGGAGUACGGCCCCUCGAUUGCCCGCCACAACGCCGUCUUCGGUAACACCGUCUAAGCGCGUGCUGUGCGCGCCUCCGCGUGUGUGUGUAUGUGUGUGUGUGUGUGU